UCAUGAAUGGUCGCUGCAUAUAGAUUGGAGUGCCAGCGAUUCGUCCACUUUUACGACCGUCAUCUGCUUGCGACCAUGAGUUGAUUAAAGACAACGCGGAAGGCAAAAAAGCAGAUGGUAGAUCGAAUCGAUGGAGAUGCAAUAGAGCUGCAUGCAU